AUGGAAAGAUGGCAGAGAGUCUCCUUCCUCAUGCUCCUGUGCUUUCUCAUUCACAUUAAAGGGCAAGAUGACUUCGAUUUAGCAGAUGCACUUGAUGAUAAUGAGGACAUCACAAGGAGACCUCCCCCAGUUACCAAGAAACCAGGAUCAGGUAUCUAUCCUAAUCCCAACCCACCCUAUCAUCCUCAACCUGGAUACCAUGACAAUCCUGGAGGUAACAUUCAUGAUAUAGAUCUGGAUGAUGGGCGCAACCCACCAAAACCUAGACCUCCAGCAGGAGGAGGUGGAUAUCAUUCCAAUAAUUUUGGCAACACUCACGGUAAAAGAGGAGGGGGCUAUAACUCCAAUUACAAUAAUCAUGGAGGAGGGGGAUAUAAUCCCAGUUCUCAUUAUGGAAAUACUUAUGGUGGAGGAGGAUAUUCAAAUUACGGAAAUACACAUGGGGAUUCUAUAGCUAAAAUUGUUUCUCCUAUUGUUUCUGUGGUUGUGGUGUCACUUGUUGGAGCUGCGACCAGCUAUUUUGCUUACAACCGGAGGAGAAACUGCUGUGGAACUAAUGAGCCAGAGACUGUCUGAAAGAGGAAGGAAUCUGCAGUGACUUUUACAUGAACUGUAAUAAGAUCAGAAUGGACAUUUCUCAUGUAUGUUAUAUAGAAGGAUUUUUUAAUGUAAUGGGAACACAUCAAUCUACCAAAAGAAUUUUAUUCUUUUAAAACAUUUAGUUCAUCUAAAUGAGGAUUCCAAACUUCUUUGUAUAAUGUAGAUACAAUGAUAUAUCCUGUAGUAUAAUGAUGCUUUUUACAAAAAAAAAAAAAAAAGGAAAACUGAACUAUUGGCUAUAAUGUUUAAUGUGGAAAUGAGAAUUUAGACUCUUCUUACUUCUUAGAAAAUCUUUUAUAAGAAUAUAUAAAAGUUUUAACUAUUACUUUUUUCAUAAUGCCUACAGUUUUAGAGAGACCACUAUAGAUGUACUUAGUUCCCUGUCACAUAUACAAUGGGUAACAAUGAAAAGGUAAAGAAAACAUCCCAUUUCAACAAUAUUUUUGUGUGGAAAGUCAUCAGAGCAAAUGAUGUUUUUUUUUUAAUUUCAAUGAUAGGUCUUAUUUAUGAGCAAAAUUGAUUCACUUCCAACAUUGAUAGAAAAAGUUAGAUACUCUACAUUUGAUAUUUCUGUGACUAUUUGGGCAUGGUUAUUAGGAGAAAAGUAAAUGACAUCAUUAAAUUAAGAUUAUAAAUGCAACAUACUAAAAAUGAAAUUCCUGGGGUUAGUAAUUUUGAAGCUUUAUUGUUCCAUUUCUUCCUAAGGUAUUUUCUUUUUUAAAUAAAAACAAGAAAUAUAGACUGGUUUUUGAGUCAUUGUAAUUCUGGAUUUUUAAUUUGUUGUCAUCAGCACUUGGAUUUAAUUCAUAUCAAUAUUCUACUUCCUUCAUUGUGACACUUCUGUAACAUCACAUGUAUAUAUAAAAGCUUAACUCCUGUGAUUGUGUUGAAAUGUUUAUAUUUGAGUGUGUGAUUUCCAAUACAAAAGAAUGAACAUUC